AUGGAUCCCAGACCACCUGGAGACCCACAGUAUACACAGGUUCCAACCCAAGGACAUAGCCCCAAUCAUAUGCCUAUGCCUCCACCACCACCAUACCCAAAUGAACCUCCUCCAAAAUAUGAACCCCCAAAGCAGACUUACCAUCAACCACAAGAUGCAAAUUAUUCUAAUUCUCCAGGUUGUUACCAACAGCCAUAUUAUCCCACAACGUCAGAUUCCUACCAACAUGGAUCUACUGUUAUGUCUCAGCCGGUUUUUGUGGUACAUCAAAUGGGGUUUGGGCCUAACCCUCGUAACAUAACGUGUCCAUUCUGCCAUGUCUAUGUGCAAACAGCAACAGAAUACCAAACUGGGGCAUUAACAUGGCUUGUAUCUGGACUUCUCUGCUUAUUUGGUUGUUGGAUGGGAUGCUACUUGCUUCCAUUUUGUAUUGAAGACAUGCAGGAUGUUAUUCAUCGUUGCCCUAGUUGUAACAAAACAGUUGGAGUGUGUCGCCGCCUUGAAUAA